AUGCAGACUGCUUCUACAAACAUUUGUGAAAGAAUGGGUCGCUCUCAGGAGCUCAGUGGAUUCAAGCAUGGUACCGUAAUAGGUUGCCACCUGUGCAAUAAGUCCAUCCAUGAAAUUUCCUUGCUACUAAAUAUUCCACGGUCAACUGUUAGUGGUAUUAUAACAAAGUGGAAGCAACUGGGAACAACAGUAACUCAGCCACAAAGUGAGCGGGGUCAGCACAUGCUGCUGAAGCGCUCAAUGUGCAGAAGUUGCCAACUGUCUGCAAAGUCAAUAGCUAAAAACUUCCAAAUUUCAUGAGGCCUUCAGAUUAGCACAAAAGUGCAUAGAGAGCUUCAUGGAAUGGGAUUCCAUGGCCAA